UCAUGGAGGGAAGCAGUUCUGGGAACACCAGUAGAAAAUGGGAAGGGCCGGAAGGCAGGUUCUGAAAGGUCAAGAGUUAAAUCUCUUGUGGCACCAUCUCACAAAGGCUGCAGCAGCAAAGAUUACACUGCCAUGCAGCCUGUCAGAGUAAACGUUUCUCCUUCCCUGGCAAAGCAGUUCCAGGCGGAGCACAGCCUUCUGUCCCGAUUCGUACUUGGUCCGGAGUACUGUUUAGUGCUAAGCAUGGCUGCGGAGGAAAGUGUGAUGUGCCUGGCCAGGUUGCUAAGGCAGUGGGCUUGUCCUCACGCUGGUCUUAAGAACAUAAGCACAGCCCUGCUGGAUCAGGCUUGGGUCCCAUCUAGUCUAGCAUUCUGUUCCACACAUUAGCCCACCAGACGCCUUAAAGAAGUUCACAGGCAGGGGGUGAGGCCUUGUCCCCUCUCCUGCCAUUGUCCCCCCUGCAACUGGUACUUAGCUGCAUCUUGCCUCUGAGGCUGGAGGUGACCUAUAGCCACCAGAGUAGAAGCCACUGAUAGACCUGUCCUCCAUGGCUUUGUCUAACCCCCCUUUUAAAGCCAUCCAAGCUGGUGGCCAUCACAUCCUGUGGCAGAGAGUUCCAUAAGUUAAUUAUGUGCUGUGUGAAGUACUUCCUUCCAUCAGUCCUAAAUUUCCCGACUUUCAGUUUCAUGGUUCAAGUGUUGUGAGAGAGGGAGGAAAAUUUCUUUCUGUCCACUCUCUCUAUUUCAUGCAUAAUUUUAUACAUCGAUCAUGUCUCCCUGUAGUCACCUCUUUUCCAAACUAAAAAACCCAUUUGCUGUCGCCUUGCUUUAUAAGGAAGGUGCUCCAGGCCCCUGAUCAGUUUGGUUGCUCUCUUCUGCACCUUCUCCAGUUCUACAAUGUCCUUCUUAAGAUGUGGUGACCAGAACCGAACACAGUAUUCCAAAGUGUGGCUGCACCAUAAAUUUCAUUUAUCAUUUCCUUGCUCAGCCAUGAAGUUUUCUGGUAGGUUAGGUGGUUCUUUGGUAAUGUAUCUUCUCUUGCCGAGGCCCAAAUCCAAACUGGAUGAGGAGAUGGAGAGUGCAAGCCGAUCUCAGUGAAUUUCUGUUCAGUGGGGCACAAGGGAUUUCUUUGGAGGCAAACCCCUGCAGCCUGCAUUCAGACCUGGAACCAGAACUCGAGGUGCUUCUUUGCAGGAGAAAUGGAUCCCUCUCUGAAGAUAUUGCUUUCUCUGCUCAGUGUACCUCACACUUUAUUCAGCACAGCAAGAGCAGACAAGCAAAAUUCAUCGUUAGAGUUUCAGUUUUCAUCAUUUUUUUAUAUAGACGAAAUGAUUGAAAAUGAAUCGGGCAAUUCCAGUUUAAACAUAACACAACUUAACCACUCUGAAGACAUUGAAAGAUACUUGACUAGUUUAUGGCUGGCCUGUUUUGUUCCUUCCGUCCACACCUUUGUGGUUGUACUGAGUCUCCCUCUAAACAUUAUAGCAAUUCUCAUCUUUGUGACCAAAAUACAGCUUAAGAAGCCAGCUGUGGUGUACAUGCUCAACCUGGCUUCUGCUGACGUACUCUUUGUGAGCGUAUUGCCUUUUCAGAUUGUCUACCGUUUUUCUGGACACAACUGGAUAUUUGGACCAGAAAUGUGCCGUUUUGUCACAGCUGCUUUCUACAGCAACAUGUACUGCUCCAUACUGCUGAUGAUGGUGAUAAGCGUUGAUCGUUUCCUGGCAGUGGUGUACCCGAUGCAGUCUUUGUCCUGGCGCACUGUAAGGCGAGCCUAUACGGUGUGCUUGGCCAUAUGGAUUGCAGCCAUAGCUGGUGUGAUACCUCUGCUAAUGACUGAUCAAACAAAGAGAUUAUAUCGGUUAAACAUUACUACCUGCCAUGAUGUGUUAGAUCUCUCUGUUACUGAGAAGUUUCGCUCUUACUGGUGUACAUUAUCUGUUCUCUUCUUUUUUAUCCCAUUCAUAAUAUCUGCCACCUGUUAUGUGGGCAUUAUAAGGAAACUUUCUUCAUCCAAUGUUGCUGCAAAGGCAGGUAAGAGGAGACGUGCCGUACUAUUGUCUGCAGCUGUCUUGUGCUCGUUUAUUCUUUGUUUUGGGCCAACCAAUGUCACAAUAAUGGUGCAUAACCUUUCAGAUCGGGAACAAUGGCAGAAUCUCUAUUUUGCCUACUUGCUGGCAGUCUGUACAGGUGCAAUAAACUGUUGCAUUGAUCCCUUGAUCUAUUUUUAUGCCUCCUUGCAGUGUCAAAGGCAUGUCUACAAUCUCUUGGGCUGUAAAAAGCAUUCUGAUGUUGAAAAAGACAGCCAGACAACAAGCAGUAAUAUGGCAACCUUUUCCAGUGGUUUGAAUUCUUUGUCUCAAGCAUAAUAUUUUAGUGUUGAAUCUGAUAUUAUAUUUUCAUUCAUAGAUAUGGGCCUUGCAUGUUACAUUAGUUCACUGCCACUGUCUUUAAUGUCCAUGUAUUUUUUGCUUUUAGGAGAUCAGUAAAGCAUUUCUCACAGGGCCAGACUGGAUAUAAUAGGGUAGUAGUCAUGUGUCUUUAUCCAUCGGGCUGCAUUGUUCACAUGUAAGGCAUAUUUGGGUAAAAUUUCACUUUAAACCAAAAGGGGCACUUGGGAGAGGAGUAACAGCUAGAAUGUGCACAAAACUGGUUUUGCCGGUUCGGCUCAAAUCCAGACCAGAUUCGACCCAGCCCGUUUUGGUUUUGCCCCUCGUGGAACCGGAACCAGUUCAACUGGCUUGGAGCUUUACUGGUAGAGGAGAAUCGGGUAAGUAUUCCCCUUUACCAGUGACCUCCGCACAUGCUCAGAGGCCCAAACCCCGAACUGGGCUGCCACCAGCCUUGCCUACUUUGAGGGAGGCCACCCCCAUGUUGCCUCAAAGUCAUUUUGCAUUCUGUGUAUGCUCAAGAGCUAUGCCAGAGUGAAAAGGAACUUGGCUGCCCUGCCACCUGAUUCUAAUAUGGGAAUCACAGAUCAAAUUUGGUGUAGUGGUGACAAAAUUCCAAUUCUACAGCUUUUAUGCAAUUCCAAAGCUUUAUCGAACUAAAAAUAACAGCAUAUGGCAAGUCAAUGUCUAACCAAUCCUAGUAUAUGCAUGAUGGCAAUCUUAUAUGUUGCAUGUAUAUGAUAUCAGUAUUAGCUUGCAACCAGUAACAUUAUAAACACUCUAAGGAAGGGGAGGGAAGAGGCAGAGACACAAAGAAAGCUUAGGGUGGACGGAGAAGGCAAGGGAAUUACUGUACUGUACAGUACUUCCAGAGAGUGUUGCUGGUAUCUAUCAUGUUUCUUUUUGGAUUGUGAGCCCUUUGGGGACAGGGAUCCAUUUUAUUUAUCUUAUUUAUUUCUCUGUGUAAACAACCCUGAACCAUUUUUGGAGGGGCGGUAUAGAAAUCAAAUAAAUAAAUAAAUAAAUAAAAUAAGGAAAUUGGUGUUCAGGCAGGCUGGGCUGUCAGGAGAAAGAAGCGGGGAGAGGGCAGUUGGAUGAUGAUCAAGGAGUCUGGAGAGGCUGCAGAGAUACUCUGCAAUUCUAGAUGAUGUCAGCAAGUAGGCAUUGCUAGGGUUUGCAGCUUGUGAAUGGUGUGGCAGCAGCUAGGCAGGAGAUGGCAUGUCUUGGAGAUCCUCUUCCAGAGCUGAAUGCAGAUCUCAACUUACUCUAAUUCCCUACUAUGCAGAGGGGAUUGCAAACAAGUUAUGUCUGGUAAGACUUCUGUUUGGCUGGAUAGCCUCACAGAGUCAGCAAGUUUGCCGAAUGAUUGCUGAAUUCAUGCCUGCUGCUCCCGUUUCUAUACUCCUUUGAUCCUUUGAUCUGAACACAAAGUCUUUGGUGCAGUGCAACAUCCAUCAUGAGUCUCCAUACAUGUUAAUAGCUAGGCCACAAACACUCAGUUCCCAUGACAAAGCACAUCUUCAUUUCUAAGGAAAAACUGUUAAUACAACAACAGGAUGUCUUCCUUAGGGGAAGCUAAAUAUUUACCAUUUACCAUUCUAAUAAUGCUAAACAUUAACCAGCUAACAAUUUACCAUUCUAACAAUGCACUCUUUAGACAGAUAAUUCCCUGAGUCAACAGCUCACUAAGAGUUCAGCAUGCCUACCAGUGAAUCCCCCCAUUCCUAGGCCAUAAGAAGAGACUUGCUGCAUCAGGCCCAAGGCCCAUCUAGUCCAGCAUUCUGUUUCCCUCAGUGGCCAACCAGUUGCUUCUGGGAACUGCUGCAAUUUAAAACUACAAGCGCAGUUGCGCAACAUGGUGUCUCUUAUUUCUGAUGGGUGUUGCGCCCUGCAAUAGGUUUGCAGAAUGUUAAGUCACAAUAGAGCAGCUGCCCUGUUCUGCAACUAGGCAGUCACACAGCCAUGCAGGUGGUACUGAAUCAUCUGGGUUUUACUGUGCAGAAUGUGAGCCACCAUCUAUAAUAAUCUUGGUUACAAACUGUGGUUUUAUACAAAUCUUCUCUCACUAUUUGGGGUUUUAUCAUCACCACACUCUUCUGAAAUGGGUUAGAAAACUUGUACAGUAUCACUCUCUUUUUAGUUCAAGAGCCAACUGAGGUGGUUGGAGCGAGCUGGGGAGGAUGAAUGCUCAUUGUGAUUUUUGACAUCUCUAUGACCCCCGCUAACUUGGCAAAGAGGCACCUUUUAAUGUAGUGAUUCUCUUUAUUUAGCAGGGGAGAGUAACUGGCCCUAUCCACCCUCAUCACAGGACCUCCAGGGACUGUUGCUGAUGUCUAUCUUGUGUUUCUUUUUAGAUAGUGAGCCCUUUGGGGGCAGGGGUCCAUCUUAUUUACUUGUUAUUUCUCUUUGUAAACUGCCCUGAGCCAUUUUUGGAAGGGCAAUAUAGAAACUGAAUAAAUAAAUCAAAAUCGAAAUUGAAAAAAAAAAUAGGGGAUGGCAUUGCAUUUAGCGUUCAGUGUGUUAUCAUGCUUUUUUGUCCUAAUCAUUGGCCCUUAAGCAGCCAAAUGUGCAAUGGUGGUUUAUAAGCUUUAAAAAGUUUUAAAAACACAAAACUACUAUAAAAUGUUUUAAAUGUGUUGUCAGAGGCAUGGAAAUGAAAAUUGGCAGGAAUAUUCUCCAAAGAUCACUCCAUGGAGAGAAUGCAAUAGUUUGUUCACUGUUACCCUGAUCCGUACCCUAAACCUUUUCUGUGCAAAAAAGGGCUGCGAUUUUAACCUAAAUCAUUAGUGGGGGUAGGGAUAAAGAAGGGGUGAUAACACAGAGAAACUUGCAAGUGCAACAGUGCUAUCACCUAUGUUCCAUCGCUCGUUGGGUAGGCAAUGCCAAAAAUCCCUGAGCAUUCUCCUCCUGAGAUGGUACCAAUGGCCAACAUUUGUGGGCCUGCCUCAUGGACUAUUGGAAAGGGGCGUAAAUAAGGACAUCCAAAAAGCCAGAUGAGCAGAUAGAGAUCCAUGUCCACACCAGUUCCACUGGGCAAGAUAGAAGGCAAGCUUGACUACGCUGCAUCUAUUUUAUUUUAUUUUAUUUUAUUUUAUUUUAUUUUAUUUUAUUUUAUUUUAUUAUUUCUAUACCACCCAUCCAAAAAUGGCCCAGGGUUACAUUAAAAUAAAAACAAUUCAAAUCAAUUAACAGUUAAAAUAAAAAACUAUUAAAAAAAUAUAAAACCAAUUAACCAACAUUUUAAAAGUUUUAAAACCCUGGAAAACCAGGCUAAGCACUUACAGUUUUAAAACAAUUUUAAAACCCUGAAGGCCAGGCCAAGCAGAUAGGUCUUAAGGGUCUUUUUGCCACUCUCCAUGAUUAACGGAAGCAGAAGGAAUAUUGUAUGCAAAAUAAGCACAUGUAUUCAGUGUUGCAGACUGUAGCUUUACUUGGCUCACAAUUUGAAUUGCCUAGCUGCAAGAUUUAGAUGUUUUGUUAAGCACACCAAGCAGGGGUGUAACUACUAUUGGGCAAGGGGAGACAUUUGUCUCUGGGCCCGCUGCCUCGAGGAUCAUCGUCCCAGCUCCCCAGCACCCACGCUUCCUUUGGUGUUCCGGCCAGGGGUAUUCCUUCACUCUCUGUCUCUCUCUAGUUCCCUCCCUCCUUUCCCCAUCUCCUUUUUGCUCCUCCUUCCUGACCCCAGCCUGGCCCCGUCCAGCCUGCCUUUUCUGGCAUCGGUCAGGGCUUUCAUUGGCUGGCGGGUGGAUGCGUGACAUGUCGGAGCACUCCACACAUGGAAGCAGAAAGGUGCAGCCGCAUCAACUGGCUGGUGGGUGAGCAAACAAGAGAUUGCUGUGUGUGAGGGAUGCCCAUGUCCCGUUUAUCAAGGCCGCUGUUCCCGGCUUCACGCCUUGCAGCUGGUUUAAGUGUCUGGCUGGUCACUGCUUCGUUCAUAGGCAGGGAGGAUGGCCGCUGUGUGUUUGUGUGCUGAGAAGGAGGAGAGACAUGGAGCCUGACUCCUCAGGUGAGCACUGGCUCUGACGGACUCCUUCCUCCUUUUUCUCGGUGCAGUGGGAGAGUUGAAGGUGCUUGUGCUACUGCCAUAGCCGAAAGGGACACCUGGAACUGUUCUUUAACAAAAGCCAUUACUGCAUGCAAGAGAGCCUCCAGUUUAUUUACAUUUUGUCCUAAUAAGCAAGCGGAUAAUUUAUAGGGGUGGGCGGGCAGGCAGGGAGAGGCAACAACAUGGUCUGUGUAUGGCUGUUUUCAGCAUUUUUCCAGAGGCAGUGGUGCGUGGACUUUAAAAAGUAAUAGAGGACCUAAUCUUUUGUCUUCUGACAAAAUUUCUGGGUUGUUUUUGAUGCUAUAUCCCCCCCCCCCCCAAGAGAUUGGUAAAAUGUAAUGGCUUUUCAUGUGACACAGUUAGGAAAACCACGAUAUUAUAGCUGUUACUGAGGCAUUAGCAACUUCCUCCCUGCCCUCGCCAAGGUAGAAGCAAAGACUUCAUUACAUUUCUAACUCAGGUCAAUGGUUUAGUUGCCAUUUAUUGUAUCUUCCUGUUCCCUUCUCUCUCACCUUAAUGAGUUUGUAUUUAAUUUCCAAUAAUAUUUAUAAUUCUAAAAGGGACAGGCUUUAUCUGAAAUAUUACAGAGGGCUAACAUGUUUCUUUUUCUGUGGGAAUCUCUUCUUUCUAUAUAUUCAUGGAAUACGUAUACUGACUAUAGAAACCAUUCUUUUAAAGAAUACUUCAUUUACACAAAAUGCCAAUUCAAAUCUAACAGGGAUAGAUACUUUCUCUUAAUGUCAUAAAGCCAUACUCUCUUGCUCAAAUAUCAGUUCAGAAGGAAUGAUACAAAAUAUGUUUUAAUAUCAGAAGAGCAUGUCUUUCUCUAGUAGUUUCUCUAGUUGGGAUGUGUGCAGUGAUUACUGUUCUGCAUUGAUACUGUUGUAUUAGUUGGGCCUGCUGUUCUGUUGUUUUUUACACCUUGUAACUGUAGUUGGGAUAUGUGCAAUGAUUAAAGUUCUUCAUAGAUUC